UGACACAUUGGAAAAAAUGCAGAACGAAAAGAUUGACGAGGAUGUCAUUAUUGAAAUGACGGAUGAAGAACUCAGCGAGUACAUUCCUCGUAAGGGUGACCGAGUUGUCGUUAAGGCUUUCGUCCGGAAGGAGAACAGUGAAACUCAAACUCAGAAGAGGAAGUUUACACUGCUCGAGAGCUUGAGGUCCCGAAUGGCAGGAAAGUCAGGGGAAAAAACAGGCAGACUUGUAAGUGACAGCGAGGAAGAAUAUGAGAGUUCUGCCCCCGGGCCAAGUGACGGCGGUCAGUCAAACAGCACGCAGAAAUCAGCAGAAACAAAGAGGGGCCCGAGAGGCAAGAAAGCGAAAGAGGCAUCAACAAGUUCAAGGUCCCUAAUAGUCGGGUUCUCUGUUUACGAGGCUACAGAGUCCAGGUACAAGCAGGUACGCGCCCCCAUGGGUGGGGGGAUACGUCACAUUACUGUCGACAAAAAUACACCCAAAAGAAAAUUGCUACAUACCCUUUGCCCCUUGUUUUUUCAAGAUGGAAAAAACUGUCAUGGUUCGCUCGGGGACUUCCAGUUAGAUGUCUCCACAGAUGUGCAUGGUAGCCAACCCGUUCACGAGAACGAGACUAUUCAACAUUUGAUCGACAGACUUGGUCUAAAACACGUACGAUGCUAUCUCCUGGCCAAAUCAGUAGACCUGGAUGAAGAUAAGUCAGCAAGUGACCCUGCAGAAGACAGCCUGGAAGAUUUACCUGAUAUGUUUGCUCACAGACGUCGGAGAGGAGAGGAAAACCUCAUGCCAACAGCCAUUGAUUCGAGCCAACAGGAGGUACCGAGAACAAGUGACGGCCACCACAUUUCUCAUGGGCAACCUAACUCGGAGCGAUACCGUCCGUUGAAUCAAGGUGAUGAGAUGACAGUUGACAAUGAAGUCAUCGUGCAGACUGCUGAUGACUCAUCGCCCUCCAACAACCCACUGUUGUCCGAAGCUGCUGAAGACCGCGUUGAAUUAGAUGUCCAGUCAGUAUUUGCUGCAACGUUGGACUCGGAUGCUGUGAAUCUCACUCCACCAACCUAUAACAUUCCUGACGAAUUCAUUCAAGAGGACCAACUGGCUCGAUUAAACGACGACGACUCCGGUAUCAUUCAGUUUGGCCCCUUCCCAGCAGCAGUGGAACUGGACUUAAAUGCAACACAGCCAUUGGUAAAAGAAAUCCGUGGCAACGUUUGUCAAGAAAUGGUAACAUUUUUCUCGAAAGAGGAGAACGUCAACCUGAGAGGAACAACCUUCGAAGUGAAGAUGCUGAAGUCAGAUGGAAGCACAGAGAUGGCUGAAGACAACGGAGGAGUCUUGAGGGAUGCACUUACUGAGUUUUUCGACAGCUUUUAUUUGCAGUACACAAUCGGCAACUCGGUAGCCGUACCGGUAUUACGCCAUGACAUGACCAAGGUCCAUUGGUCGGCAGUGGGAGAAGUAAUCCGCUUAGCAUUCAGACAGGAGGGAAUUUUGCCGGUCAGGCUUGCUCUGCCUUUCAUGCAACUGGCAUUUUUUGGGACACCCGAUGACCCACUAGACGCGUUCAUGCAGUUGCUCCCGGAUGUCGACCGAUUGCUGCUUGAAGAUGCAAUGAGGAGUGUUUCAUCUGUCGAUGCAGAUGACUUGAUGGAUUUCAUGGAACGACACGAUGCCAGACGAAACCUUACAGACGAGAACAUCGAGAAAUCACUUACCGAGAUGGCAAAUAAGGAGAUGCUUCAAGUACCACUAUUUGUGGCGCUGUGUUGGCGACCAAAGCUGAAAUCUCUCGGCCUCUCACGACUCCAGCUCCGUCAGAUUUAUGACAACCUGAAGCCAUCAACCAGGAAGGUAUUGAACAUAUUGGAAUUUCCCAAACCAAUGAACACAGAAGAAGGCGCCUUGAGAUCCUCACUUAAGAGACUGGUGAGGGAGAUGGAUCAGAAUCUGCUCGGCCUGUUCUUGCGAUUUUGCACAGGGUCCGACCUCGCGGUCAGAGAGAAGAUCACCACCAGGUUCACCGAGUCAGAGAUUCGCUGCCCCACAGCACACACAUGUGGGUGUGUUCUGAACAUUCCGCGCUCGUAUGCGGCACUGCCUUAUAUCACACAAGCAACCUAUAUCAAUCCCCAUACAUGCACUCUUGUUUCACUGCAGUAG